UUGAAGAUUAAGGAUAUAUUGCAACAGAAGCGGACGGUUUCGUUCGAGUUUUUCCCUCCUCGGGAGGCUGAUGCCGUGCCCGGCGUCGUGGACGUGAUCAAGGGAUUGUCCAGAUACAAUCCGGACUUUGUGUCAGUGACCUAUGGAGCAGGGGGCAGCACUCGGGCGUUUACCGAAGAGAUAACGGUGCAGCUGGCCAGCGAGACCAGUCUGGAAGUGAUGGCCCACCUAACCUGCGUGGCGCAGAGUCAGGAUGCAGUCCACGGAGUUUUGAGCCGGCUCCACCACGCGGGCAUUGAAAACGUAAUCGCCCUGCGCGGCGACCGACCGCAGGACAUGGACGCCGAUGCCGUCUUUCCGGGGGAAUUCCCCCACGCCACCGAUCUGAUCCAGCACAUCCGGCAACAUUUUGACAUGGGCAUUGCCGGCGCGUGUUACCCGGAGGGGCACACGGAAUCCCAGGACCUGGACACCGACCUCCAAUACGCUCGUAUGAAACAGGAUCUGGGCGCUGAGUUUCUCAUCACCCAACUGUUUUACGACAACAGUCAUUUUUACGAUUUGCUCGAACGCGCCGAGAAAACCGGGAUUGAAGUCCCCAUCGUUCCGGGUGUGUUGCCCAUAUUGAGCACGCCUCAGAUCAGGAGAUUUACAUCGCUCUGCGGCGCAACGAUCCCCGCCGACCUGGACCAGAAGCUGGAGCGUUUUGCCGAUGAUAAUCGAGCGGUUCGCGAAAUCGGCGUGGAGCACGCUACCAGACAGGUUCAGGGAUUUGUGGGCCAACGGCGUACCGGGUGUGCAUUUUUACGUGUUGAAUCGGUCAUAUUCGAUCUCGCGAAUUUUGCAGGAAUUGCGCCUGGACGGGCACUGCUGAGACUAAAGGCAGGAGACACGGUGGAAGACCAUGCUGGGCACCGGAGUUGA